GUAAAUUAAUUAUUUAUAUUCAUCGUAAGGAUUAAUCAAUUAAAUUAAAAAUUUUUAUUGAUCAAUGACUAUCACUAAUUCUUUCUUAAAUUCUUUCUUUCUUGUUAUUCUGACUAAAAUAAUGAAUGGUUAAAAGGUUAUGUGAAACAAAAUUGACAUUUACUUUUAAACAUACCUUAAUGACAAUAACUCGAUAUUAAUAUUGAUAAUAUAUCAAUCAUUAAUAAUUAUCCUCUUCGUAAUUUUCAUGAUUUAGAGCUUAAUAAUAUAACAUAAUUUAAGUGCAGUGUUUAUUUACAAAAGUAAUACGAACAUAAAUUGCUUUUUGCAUUUACUUUUAAUAAAAGUAAUGCUAUGAUACUGGAGUCCAUUUUUUCUUGCACAAAUCUACUUCUAACAUGUGGAUCUUCCAUUUAUAUUCUGAUAAAACACUCUUAUACACAAUAUUCGAAAUUUUUCACACAUUUGACUUGUGCCUGUGUCAGUAUCGCAAUGAUUGGUUCUCGAUCCUUGAUCGUUCUUUUAUACAAACUUUUCAUUAAGGAAUACUCCUUCGAUCCAGAUAUGAUAGAGAUAGAGGAAGAGAGGAACAAAGAACGAUUUAAUAUUUUAGACGAGCUGCUUGGUACUUUGAGCAUGACGGGGUUAAUUUAUUCUCUAUAUUGUUGUCACGGAUAUUAUAUACUCGGUGUCUGCGUUGUAACUAGCUUAUCAAUUUUCAACGUGUUCAAAUUAUACCACAUGAUAAAACAAUUAGAGGAAAUGGAAACGUCACGUUUCUAUAAUACUUUACAGCAGACAAAAACGAUAUCGAAAUUUAAUGUUUUCAAUUGGGUGAUUGUUGGUGGAUGUUUUGCCAAAUUGGGCAAUGGUUCCAGAAGGAUUUUAUCAAGGGUGGACGAUAAAUCGUGCUAUUAAUGAUUACCUGAUGGCAACUUAUAUCAUGUGCAUGACAGAAGCUCUUCGACAAACGAGCACAUUAUAAUUAUAUA